UAUGGAUGUUGUGAGGGAAGACAUGCAGGUUGUUGCAUUGAAAGAGGCAGAUGUAGAGGACAGGGGGGUAUGGAGACGGAUGAUCUGCUGUGGCUACCCCUAAUGGAGAAGCCGAAGAAAGAAGAAGACAUAAAUCGGCUACAAGGACACUAUUUGAACAUCACUAGUGGUGUAUGAUGUCGAAUACGAAUACAUGAUAAAGUCACCAAGUUAGGAAACACAGGCUAACCAGAUAUGAGUCGGUUUCGCUCCCUGGCUUCUCUCAGAGGUCUGUGGUUGAAGAGUCGUGUGUGGGACCCUCAACAAUGCUAUUCUUCUGGAAAUCCCCUCAGUACCAGCUAUGUAGAAGAGAUGUACUACGCCUGGCUCGAGGACCACAAAAACGUUCAUGAGUCUUGGGAUGCCUAUUUCCGGAACGCCCAGGCAAACAAUCCAACUGAAGAAGCAGGAGAGAGGCGUCCAUCUGCUCUUCUCCAGGGUCGUGCCAUGUCCCAGACUCCUGCAAUGUCUCAGAAAGUGGUUCAGGAUCACUUGGCUGUCUACAACCUUAUCAGAGCCUACCAGAUCCGUGGACAUCAUGUAGCUCAGCUUGAUCCUCUUGGCAUUCUCACAGCGGACAAUGAUUCUUUCGUCCCCUCAGAUUUGAUAACAACGCUUGACAAACUCAGCUUCUACAGUUUGGAUGAAUCUGAUCUAGAUAAGACCUUCCAGUUACCAUCGACAACAUUUAUCGGUGGACAAAACACUGUACUUCCACUCCGGGAAAUCAUUCACAGACUAAAGGCAUCAUACUGUGGUCAUAUUGGUGUGGAAUUUAUGUUUAUUAACAAUGUGGAGCAAUGUCAAUGGAUCAGGCAAAUGGUUGAGACUCCAGCCAUCAAGAAAUUUACUGACAGAGAAAAGAGGACGUUACUGGCAAGGCUGGUUCGCUCAACACGUUUUGAGGACUUCCUGGCUCGCAAAUGGUCUUCAGAGAAGCGCUUUGGCUUAGAGGGCUGUGAGGUCCUCAUCCCUGCUCUGAAGAUGAUAAUUGACAAAUCUAGUGCAGCUGGCAUAGAGAGUGUAAUCAUGGGCAUGCCUCACAGGGGCCGUCUGAAUGUCCUGGCCAAUGUUGUCAGGAAAGAUCUCGAUCAGAUUUUUUGCCAAUUUGAUCCCAAACUAGAGGCUGCAGAGGAGGGCUCAGGAGACGUGAAGUAUCAUCUUGGUAUGUACCAUGAGCGGAUCAACAGGGAGACGGAUAAAAACAUCACUCUGUCUCUUAUGGCCAACCCGUCUCACCUAGAGGCAGUGGACCCUGUGGUUCAGGGCAAAACUAAAGCUGAGCAGUUCUACAGAGGAGAUGCUGAUGGAAAAAAGGUGAUGUCCAUUCUUCUGCAUGGUGAUGCUGCAUUCGCUGGGCAAGGAGUUGUCUAUGAAACAUUCCACCUCAGUAAGCUUCCCUCAUAUACCACUCAUGGCACAAUUCACGUCGUUGUCAACAACCAGAUUGGCUUCACCACCGAUCCGCGAAUGGCGCGCUCCUCUCCUUACCCUACUGAUGUGGCUCGUGUGGUUAAUGCACCCAUUUUCCAUGUCAACGCUGAUGAUCCUGAGGCUGUGAUGUAUGUUUGCAAAGUGGCUGCAGAAUGGAGAAAUACUUUUAACAAAGAUGUGGUCAUAGAUCUGGUUUGUUACCGGCGCUUUGGCCACAAUGAGAUGGAUGAACCUAUGUUCACACAACCUCUCAUGUACAAGCAGAUCUGUAAACAAGAGCAUGUGCUAAAGAAAUAUGCAGACAAGCUCAUUUCUGAGAAUGUCGUUACUCUGCAGGAGUUUGAGGAGGAAGUGGCUAAGUAUGACAAAAUUUGUGAAGAAGCAUAUGCAAGCUCUAAAGAUGAAAAGAUACUUCACAUCCGUCACUGGCUGGACUCACCUUGGCCAAAGUUCUUCACAGAUGAGGGAGAACCAAGGAGUAUGAGCUAUCCACCCACAGGGCUCCCUGAAGAUGUCUUGAAGCACAUCGGCCAGGCUGCCAGCUCUGUCCCUCAGCAAGACUUCUCCAUUCACAGUGGGGUGUUGAGGAUCUUGCGAGGCCGCGCUGACAUGGUUAGUAAGCGUACGGUGGACUGGGCUCUUGGGGAGUACAUGGCCUUUGGUUCCCUUCUAAAGGAUGGUGUCCAUGUGAGACUGAGUGGGCAAGAUGUAGAGAGGGGAACCUUCAGUCAUCGUCAUCACGUCCUUCAUGACCAGGAAGUGGAUAAGCGCAUUUGUGUUCCAAUGAACCAUCUUUGGCAGAACCAAGCUCCUUACACAGUGUGCAACAGCUCCCUCUCUGAGUAUGGAGUUUUGGGUUUCGAGCUGGGGUUUGCUAUGGCCAGUCCCAAUGCACUUGUGUGCUGGGAGGCACAAUUUGGGGAUUUCCACAACACAGCCCAGUGCAUCAUAGACCAGUUCAUUUGUCCAGGCCAGGCCAAGUGGGUCCGAAACAAUGGCAUUGUCCUUCUGCUACCCCAUGGCAUGGAAGGAAUGGGCCCAGAGCACUCAUCAGCAAGACCUGAACGUUUCUUGCAGAUGAGCAAAGAUGACCCUGAUCACUAUCCGUCUUUUCCUGUUCAGUGGAGUAAAAAGGAGUUCACUGGAAACUUCGAAGUCCAACAGGUUUAUGACUCUAACUGGAUUGUGGUCAACUGUUCAACACCUGCUAACUACUUUCAUGUGCUGAGAAGGCAGAUCUUAUUACCAUUCAGAAAGCCGCUAAUUAUUUUCACUCCCAAGUCUUUACUGAGGCUCCCUGAGGCCCGCUCCAGCUUCGAUGAGAUGACCACAGAAACUAAGUUCAAAAGAAUAAUACCAGAUGAGGGUCCUGCAUCUAAAACCCCAGCAAAUGUGAAGAGGGUGAUCUUCUGUACAGGCAAAGUCUACUAUGAGCUAGCAAAAGAGAGAAAACAACUCGGACUGGAGGAUAGCAUUGCAGUUGUCCGAAUAGAGCAGCUAGCACCAUUUCCGUUUGACCUUAUCAAGAAGGAGGUUGAGCUCUACAGCAAUGCGGAGUUCAUAUGGUGUCAGGAAGAGCAUAAGAACAUGGGUUAUUAUGACUACAUAAGACCACGCUUUCUUACUGUGCUCUGCAACCAGAAACCAAUCUGGUACGUUGGACGUGACCCUGCUGCGGCCCCUGCCACAGGAAACAAAUUUACACAUCUGGCAGAGCUGAAGAAGUUCAUGACCACUGCAUUUGACCUCAAUGCAUUUGAGGGCCAGAGCUUUUAAUGCUAAUGAAUUACUUGCUCUAAAUAUUCCUUAGAAUUUGUCCUCUUCAUGGGCUUGCUUUCAAAGCACAGUACUUAGCUAACAAUAGAGUAACUAUUUGUUAUUCAGGUUACGUUGAUGCAUUUUAGAAAUGAAUGCAGGCAUGCUUAGUCAUAUUCGAGAAACAACACAAAAGUAAAUAGAUCAUGAUAUUAAAAUGCAUAUGUGCAACAAUGCUGGGAUCACAUAGAUUAGAAUUUAUCACAAUUUCACACUAUAUUUUUUGUUUCUUUAUCUGUCAUUACUUUGUGGCACACCUGGCUUCAUUCAGAGACAACAACCAGAUGGCGUAAUAACAAGCAGCAAUUUUUUUUUAUUGCCACUAUGAUAGUCUAAAUUAGGAUUGUUCUUUGGGGACUAUAAAUUUUAUAGUACUAUGUGGUAAGACUGGAGUGAUUAGAAUAUAUGAUUCAACAAGGACAGAAAUCACAUGUAUGUGGAUUAAUAUUUUGCAUAUAUUGUUGUUUACAGUGACAUGCCAAUAUAAGCCUGGCUCUGUUGAACCCUCAGCAUUAAUGGUAUAAAAUAACAAACAA